AUGGGCUCGAGAAAGUACCUAAAGGAAUGUGUUGUGGAGAUUGAUGUGAUAGAUUGGAAUAAAAUAAUCUUAGAUGAAAUUAUAGAUGGAAUUGAAGAAAUAAUUGGUAUUGGUAAUAUGUUUGUUGUUAUCCCGAGAAAACCUGGUACGAUUGAAGUUACAGUGAACGAUAAAGCUAGUGCAGAGAAACUGAGUGGAGGAUUAUCUAUAGGUGAGAGCAAAUUUGAUUGUAAAAUCCCGUAUUCCCCGUACACAGUCGUGUCCUUUAUGGAUAUCCCCUCAUACAUUGAAGACAGUGUUCUGAUUGAUAAACUUAAAUAUUUUAACAUUGUAAUAGAAGGAGAAGUGAUAAGACAUUAUCACGAUAGAUUUAAAACUAUCGAAAAUGGCACACGACACGUCAAGUGUAUUUUCCACCCUGGUCUAAAGUCUCUUCCCUGGGCUGUGAAAUUGGAAACUAUAAGCGGAAUUAAAAGUUUUAGAGUGCUGCAUAAUAACCAAACCAAAGUGUGUAAUAAAUGCUACUCUGAAUCUCAUAUGAUAGCAGACUGUCCGAAAAUUGUGUGUAGAAAGUGUCAUCAGAUGGGGCAUAUGGGUAAUAAGUGUUCUGUUAAACUUUGUAAUAUAUGCAAAAAUUUGGAAAUAGAGUGCGUGUGUUCGGACUAUUUUGAAGAUGAUAUUAAUAGCACAGUGAAUGAACUCUCAUCAGAAAACCCUACUCUCAAUAAUUCGACCAAUACUCAUGCUGUUGAUAAAUCUACAAGUUUGAACUGCUCAAGUGACCAUGAACAAAAAUCUAAGAAAUUAAGAUUAGACGACGAAACGUUUCAGAUGAUUAACCCCAUCUCAGAAUCUACUCGCGUUGAUGAUAACUCAACUGUGAAAAACCAAGUAGAAAAUGUAGUCACUGUGCUUGUAAGUGAACAACAUUCUUGCGAAGCAGACACACCACUACCCCCUCCACCCCCGCCCCUACCGCCCUCGACACCCCCAAGAUGUGUAUCCCGAAAAAAAUUCCAUAUCAAGGCUGCAGAUGAAAGAUUGAGUGAAACUGAAACUAUAAACCCUCCACCCCCCACUCCUCCACCCCCCUCACCAUCUACAAUUGUGAAACCACGUAGAAACAUCCUUGUUAAAAAGCCCAACAAAGUGCUGGACCUAAAUGUUCAUUUUGUGUGUCCACAAGAGACUUACUGGGAUGCUGAUUUAAUGGGAAUAAUUAAUAGAAAAUGGGAAGGUAGAGUAAUUACGAACAAUUAUGACAGUGUGAAUCCGUCAAGAGGUGUUGCCAUUUUAAUCCGAAAAGAUAUUUUAAAUUCAGUGACUGUUAGCUCAACUUCUUUAGAUAAUGAAGGAUUUUUACCAUUAGGUGUUAUUGUAGAUGAUUUUAAUGAAUCGGAAUGUACAUUAGAUUACAUUGCCAAGAUUGCUAGACAUUAUUCAAUCUGCAAUUCCUGCAAUACAGAAGAAUAUACUUCAAAAUGUGCCCCAGAGCCGAUCUGUAUAAUCAAUGGUGAGGAACUCAAAUUUGAUAAGUUCACAUCUAAGACCCUGUAUAAUAUAUUAAUUAAGAACCUACUUUUAAAGAUGUAUAGAUAUGAAUUAUUUCAUUAG